UCUCUCUCUCUCUCUCUCUCCAUAUCUCCAUGGCAAGAGGUAUGGGACUGACGGCCCUUAUUGUUGUUGUUGUCCUCUUUCAUCAAACUUGCAAUACUAGUGCUGAUCAAGAUCACUGUCCUCCUUCUUCCUGCGGCUCUAUCCUUAACAUAAGCUAUCUGUUUCGACUAACGAGCGAGCCCAAAAACUGCGGCGAUCAAAGGUAUAAUCUUUCAUGUGAGAACAACCAAACACUAUUGUUACACUUAUAUCAUGGAAGAUACCACGUACGACAAAUCAAUUACACCGACUACAUAAUCAGAGUUGUAGACCCAGGUAUUGGACUCAACGCUAAUGAGAACUACUCCUUCAUCCCUCGUUAUUCUCUAGAGUACAAUAAUUUCAAUUCAGGGGAUCCAUAUCAAACAUUUUCGUUGAAUCGUAGAGAGUACUACAUAACGCACAAUCUGAUUUUCGUGGAAUGUGAAAAGCCAGUGAAUUCCCGGUAUCAUCUAAACAUUUCUGCUUGCAUUGAGGAUGGAGUGUAUCCCAAUUCCAAGAGGUAUAAAUAUGUUCUAUUCGGGUAUCGUGCUGCAAUGGAGUUGGGGGACUUGUGCCAAGUGAAGCAAAUAUCUCUCACAUCCUAUUCAGAUCGUGAUCAUUAUGACUUGAGAAAUAUUUCCUGUACAGACUUCCACAAUGAAUUGCUACGGGGUUUUGAGCUUUCUUGGUACGGAGCUUAUUGUGGAAGCUGCAGAGUUGAGGAUUGCUACCUCGAUGGGGCGGGCAAUAUUGUUAGUUGCUAUCGAAAAGUCGCUGAAGCUGUUCCUAAGGAAGGAAUCCUUGAGAAGAUAUACUAUUUUAUUGACGGAAUACUAUUUCAAGUGUUCACCUUCGUAUUAGAUCAUCUACCAGUACCACUACGACUACGACUAUAUGAGCUAUAUUAUCAACUAGAAGAACGAAUACUACCAGUACUAUAUGAGCGAUUUGGCAACAAAUUAGCUCUUCCAAUUUAUUUACUGAUGUACAUGACAAUUGACUAUGGACUAAUAUUCCAAGCACCAAGAACGAUAUUGGGGACUCCAUUUGUGAUUGCAUUCUUGAUCUAUAAAUGGAACAGGAGACAUUUAUCAAUGUAUGAUGUUGUCGAAGAAUUUCUACAAAGUCACAAUAACCUCAUGCCAAUAAGGUACUCUUAUUCUGAAAUUAAGAAGAUUACUAAAAGUUUCAAGGAGAAAUUGGGUGAAGGAGGUUAUGGCACUGUAUUUAAAGGAACACUUCGAAGUGGUCGUCUUGUGGCUAUAAAGAUGUUAGGUAAGUCCAAAGCUAACGGACAAGAUUUUAUAAGCGAAGUUGCAACCAUUGGAAGGAUUCACCAUGUUAAUGUAGUGCAACUCAUUGGUUUUUGCGUUGAAGGAUCGAAACGGGCUCUUGUAUAUGAGUUCAUGCCUAAUGGUUCCCUAAAUAAAUACAUUUUUUUGUCAGAAGUACGCACGCUCCUAAGCUAUAAUCAAAUGUUUGAUAUAGCUCUAGGAGUUGCUCAUGGGAUUGAAUAUUUACAUCAAGGAUGUGACAUGCAAAUUUUACAUUUUGAUAUCAAGCCUCACAACAUUCUUCUUGAUGAAAAUUUUACUCCUAAGGUUUCUGACUUUGGACUAGCAAAAUUAUAUCCAGUAAAUGAUAGCAUUGUUUCUUUGACUGCUGCAAGAGGGACAUUAGGAUAUAUGGCUCCUGAGUUGUUCUACAAAAAUAUUGGAGGCGUCUCAUACAAAGCUGAUGUUUAUAGUUUUGGAAUGUUAUUGAUGAAAAUGGCCGGUAGAAGAAAGAACGUAAAUGCAUUUGCAGAACACUCAAGCCAAAUAUACUUCCCUACUUGGGUUUAUGACCAAUUGCAAAAUGGAAACGACGUAGAAUUAUUGGAAGACGCCACCGAAGAGGAAAAGAAAAUGGGCAAAAAGAUGAUCAUUGUUGCAUUAUGGUGUAUACAAAUGAAGCCUAACGAUCGCCCUUCAAUGAACAAAGUCGUUCAAAUACUUGAAGGAAAAGUUGAAUGCUUUCAAAUGCCUUCCAAGCCUUUCCUCUCAUCACUGGACGAAACCAUAAUAGGUGGUGAAGAGAAUUCGAACCAAUCAAAUGAAUCAAGUCAAUCAUCUCAAUUUUAAAUGCAAAUUAAUUUAUGUAUGAGUCUUUUGAUUUAUUAUAUCCCUGUUCAAGAAGAAAAUUAGUUUUCUCAUAUAUGUUUGAUAGCGCAAAGAUGCUUAAUAUU